AUGCAAGCGAAUGUAACUCUCACAGAAAUGAAGACUACCCUCGUUGCGAUCAACCUGCCGGGGAAAAAUGAAAAUUGCGACUUCCUAUCAGGCUAUGGAAAUCAGAACGCAUCCAUGAUCAAGACUCGACCCAUUCUUGACGAUGCCGAAGCUCCUGGUGCCUACGGUAAACCCAAAAAUACCCUCUCAUCACUCUUCACAGCGAUAAAAUUGAAUCCUCCACCAUGGAAGAUGCACGUUCGCCUCCGUGCCAGGCGAGAGUCGAGACAUGGGGAGCCUUUCACCAACGUGCUGCCGAAACCCAGCUCUGCCCUUCAUCAGAUGCAGUAUAAACGGCUUCGCCAGGAAAACGCCAUAAAGAAUCUAUCAGUUUCUUCUCAUAUGGCCCAGAGAUUGUUUCGGUUCGCGGAGUUCCUUUCAAUCUCCGGUAUUGGUCUACUACAAGUAGAAAAAGGGGAGAAGCGAGUCCGGGUCAGUCUCGCAUCUCAAUCCGUCAAGCUCGGGUUCAAUAAAGGCGGCCCAGGCGCAGCGACUUCAAAUAUGCCCAAGCCUCGACGCUUCCGAGAAGAGCGCAAAGACCGAGUGACGGCGGAAGCUGGACAAGAAGGAAGUAGGAAACAGCAGCCUCCCCCUUUCUGCGACACCUACAUGCUCCCAGACCCAAAUAUCCCGCGAAGGUGA